AUGGAAACAAGCAAUGGAAGUUCUGAAACAGACUUCAUUCUUCUGGGGUUUUCUGACAGGCCUCAAUUAGAACGCAUCAUCUCUGUGCUUGUCUUCAUCUUCUAUACUGCCACUCUGGUAGGAAACACAACCAUCAUUCUUGUAUCUUACCUAGAUACCCAGCUCCAUACACCCAUGUAUUUCUUCCUAUCCAAUUUGUCUUUUCUGGACAUCUGUUAUACAACUAGCAUUAUCCCCCAAAUGCUGGUCAAUCUAUGGGGUCCAAAAAAGUCUAUUACAUACGGAGGAUGUGUGCUCCAAUUCUUCUUUGCCCUGGACUUGGGAACUACAGAAUGUCUUCUCUUGGCUGUGAUGGCCUAUGACCGCUAUGCUGCUGUCUGUCAACCUCUUCACUACACAGUAGUAAUGCACCCUCAGCUUUGCCAGAAGAUGGUGCUGAUUGUCUGGUUAGGUGGUCUAGGUAGUGCCUUAAUUCUUUGCCCCUUGACUUUGAAGUUGCCAAAAUGUGGGCACCGGGAAGUGGAUAAUUUUUUCUGUGAGAUGCCAGCAUUUAUCAAGAUGGCUUGUGUCUAUUCAAAAGUAACUGAGAUUGUUGUCUUUGCUCUUGGAGUGGUAUUUCUUCUAGUACCUCUAUCACUAAUUCUCAUCUCAUAUGGAGUUAUCACUCAUGCUGUCGUGAGGAUCAAGUCAGCAGCAAGGUGGCAUAAGGUCCUCAACACAUGUGGUUCGCACCUCACAGUGGUAACUCUGUUUUAUGGAACAAUCAUUUAUAUGUACAUGAAGCCACAGAAUCACACAUCCCAAGAUGAAGGGAAGUUCCUUACUCUCUUUUACACAAUCGUCACACCCAGCCUUAACCCUCUGAUCUACACUUUAAGAAACAAAGAUGUCAAGAGUGCAGUAAAGAGAAUAUUCUGGGUAGAAAAAUGGUCAGCAAAGUCAUGA